UCGAUUAUCAGGAAGUGUUUCCAGGAGACGCCGGCUGAGCGGCCAGUCGGAGAGGGGCGGCGGCCAGCUUGGGCGCGGUGGCAUCAUGGAGCACAUUCGCACCACGAAGGUCGAACAGGUGAAAUUAUUAGAUCGUUUCAGCACAAACAUCAAGUCACAAACAGGAACGCUCUAUCUCACGGCAACUCACCUGUUAUUUAUAGACUCGAGCCAGAAAGAGACAUGGAUACUGCACCAUCAUAUUGCUGCGGUAGAGAAACUCGCCUUGACCACAUCCGGCUGCCCCCUGGUGAUCCAGUGCAAGAACUUCAGGAUAGUUCACUUCAUUGUUCCCAGAGAAAGGGACUGCCAUGAUAUUUAUAACUCCUUGCUUCAGCUGUCAAAACCAGCAAGAUACGACGAACUGUAUGCCUUCUCAUACAACCCAAAGCAAAAGGAGGAAGAGAGAGUGCAAGGCUGGCAGCUCAUAGACCUUGCAGAAGAGUACAACCGGAUGGACGUGCCUAAUUCUGACUGGCAGUUAUCAGAUGCAAAUCGUGAUUAUAAGAUCUGUGAAACAUAUCCCAGAGACCUUUAUGUUCCCAGGAGUGCAAGCAAGCCCAUCAUUGUUGGCAGUUCUAAGUUCCGAAGCAAAGGAAGGUUUCCUGUGCUGUCAUAUUAUCAUAAAGAUAAUGAGGCUGCCAUUUGCAGAUGUAGUCAGCCUCUCUCGGGAUUCAGUGCCAGGUGUCUGGAGGAUGAGCACAUGUUGCAAGCUAUCAGCAAAGCCAAUCCUAACAACUGCUAUAUGUAUGUUGUGGACACCAGGCCUAAACUGAAUGCACUGGCCAACAGAGCAGCAGGUAAAGGCUAUGAGAAUGAAGACAACUAUUCUAAUAUUAGAUUCCAGUUUGUUGGUAUCGAAAACAUCCAUGUAAUGAGAUCCAGCCUGCAGAAACUUUUGGAAGUCUGUGGGACAAGGGGCCUGUCGGUCAGUGAUUUUCUGUCUGGCUUGGAGAGCUGUGGAUGGCUGAGACACGUCAAAGCCGUGUUGGAUGCUGCUAUCUUCUUAGCCAAAGCCAUAGCUUUGGAGAGUGCAAGUGUGCUAGUGCAUUGCUCCGAUGGCUGGGACCGGACGUCGCAAGUGUGUUCUCUGGGAUGUCUGUUGUUGGAUCCCUUUUAUAGAACAAUGAAAGGCUUUAUGGUUUUGAUAGAAAAAGACUGGAUUGCGUUCGGGCACAAAUUUUCAGACAGAUGCGGUCAGCUGGAUGGAGACCCAAAGGAAAUCUCUCCCGUGUUUGCUCAGUUUUUAGAAAGUGUCUGGCACCUGACGGAGCAGUUUCCACAAGCCUUUGAGUUCAACGAGGCUUUUCUCCUUCAGAUCCACGAACACGUCCAUUCCUGCCAGUUCGGAAACUUCAUUGGGAACUGCCAGAAAGAACGAGAAGAGCUCAAAUUGAAAGAGAAGACGUAUUCACUGUGGCCUUUCCUUCUGGAUGAAUGCAAGAAGUACCUAAACCCCAUCUACAAUGAGAAAUUUUCUCAGUCGCUCACAAUUCUGGAGCCAGACACAGUAUCAUUUAAUUUUAAGUUCUGGAGGAACAUGUAUCAUCAGUUUGAUCACACCAUGCAUCCCCGGCAAUCCAUAGUCAGCCAGGUCAUGAGCAUGAGUGAGCAAAAUAAACUGCUGGAGAAAGACAUUAAGGAACUGGAAGCUAAACUAGGUCACCGUGUAAACAAGGAGCUGGAUGCAGCCUUCACCAAGGAACCUUUGCGGCCUGUGUCACCUGUUCUUAAGACAUCCCAGUGCUUUAAGAAAGAGCAGCCUCUUCGACAUGGGAAUGACUGUAUUCGAACAAUAGAGGGCUCCAACGCAGCAGACAAUCGGUACAGCGAGUAUAUGGAAGAGCUCUCCAAGACAGAGCCUGGUGUUGUCAGUCUGGAGUACGGAGUGGCAAAAAUGACGUGUUAAAUGUCACACAGAGUAUUGCCGUCUCUUUCCGGAAAUACUGACGGCGCAUUGCGAGACUGGUCUCUUGGAGCGUGACCAAAAACCGGAUUUGUGUAAAGGAGAGCCUCAUUGAUGUAGACUAGCAUGACACACUAGUUGCUAAGGAGAAAUGCUGUUCUUGUGAGAAGUAACUGAAUUUAACAAUACCGAAAGGAAUGUGGAGAAUUUAGUAAAAACUUUUUUUGGCUUAAAGAAAUGAGGUGUGGAAGUUGUUUUACGUGUCUAGAGUAUAACAAACUUUAGUUUGCACUAGAUAACUUGGAAUGUUAUUUAAUAUAUUGAUUGCCAAAUGGUUUAAUGGGCUUUGAAGAUGUACUUCUAGGACACAACAGAAUACUUACCGGGGCCGCUGAAAGUAUAUGUAUAUAGAUAGAAUGUACUAUGUAUGUGUACUCCUAUUUAAUCUGUUGCCUGUUGCUAAUUUUGAUGUCUCAUGUUGCCAUUGAAAGUAUUGUAUAUCAAAUGCAAAGGAUGGAAACUUACCAUCCCAAAUUCAUAGCAUGAUGUUUGGAGACCAUGAGAGAGGCACUCAGCAGGGUCUAAGGGGAUAUUAGUUUGCAUUGGUAACUCUGGAAUUCCAGAUCUCCCCUGCCUCUUUAAAUGUCCUUUUACAAAAAUCAGGAAAACUGGUUAUCUAGAUAGAUUAAAACUGCACCCCUAAGGGCUGUGAAUCUUCUGCAGAAAUCUAGCUACAAGCCUUAUAGUUGCGUUCCAAAAUCCAUGUAAGGACACUGCAUUUAUUAUGCCAUCAGAAGUGUCACAAUAUAGCAUGCAGGCCUUUGAGUUCUCAAGAGCACUUUCAAGUUCUGGAGAACUUGAAAGCUUUACAUAACAUUUUGGAACAUUCUGAUUGGCCAAAUAAAAGGCACUGGCCCAAUAUGGAUUUAAAACUUGCCUUUUAUGUGCCAACACAACAGUCUUUACAUUUAUGUAAUUGUGUGCAUUCCUACAAAGAGCCAAAACAUUUGUGUGGGAUGAUGGGUGUUCAUCUCAAUGAAAGCAAAUGUGGUUCUUAUUUUUUUAUUUUUGCGUUUCUUUCAGAUCAGCCAGGUGUCAGAGUUCUUGAAAAAAAUUGAUAUUGUAAGCUAAUCAAACAAAAAUGCUGUAGAAGCAGUAUCUCUUUUUCUGAGUUUGAUCAAAUUAGCAGUUGUCUGCAGGAUUUUUGUUCCGUUUGCAAAUCUUUAUUAAAAUAAAUUUAGGGAUUUUUUUAAGCACCAUACUUUUAAUCAGUAGAAAAACUAUGUAAAUGAAAUCUUCAAAUAAGUCUCCUUGGAUAGCUAAGGAGGCAGCUGCUCUUUGUUGUGAAUGCAUAGCUGCCAAUUUCUCCCUUUUUUAAAGGGAAAUUCCAUUAUGCUGAAUAGGCUUCCUCGCGAGAAAAGGGAAAACUUGGCAGCUAUGUGUGAAUGGAGAAGAAACAAUAAACUCUAAGUUUGCAGGCCAGCUGGCUGCGCGUUUUCUAAAUCCACUUGCUUUAAAAACCUGAUAAUGCUCAUAUCCUCAGGAUACAGGAUGCCACCUGGGAUUGAACUUAUCUCUAGUUAACUAACAAGAAGGGUUGGUUAGGAGGAUUAAACUGUGCCUCUCUCGCAUAUAGGCAAAUCAAAUGUAUCCCCAGAUAUCAUUGUUUCUGCUUCACCAGAAAAGAGAAUGGAUUUGCUUUCAGCCUGUGAUCCUGCUUCUGUUCACAUUUUUCGAGUUAGUUUUUAUUGUCCUAAUGAAGGAAACGAAAUGAGCUUUGAGAGCCAAGAUUAUAAACAUGAACGCCUUGGGGUAUUAUGCUCCCUAGGUGGUAUGGUAGGCUAAUUUGUACCUGAGGGAUCAAAUGCUUAUUUGGCUCAGAGUGAAAAUUAGUUUAGAUUUGCUAUAAUCCCUGAAGGCUUUUUGAUCAAAACUGCCAAUACGCAGCAUGGAACUUGACACAGUUGGCCGUGUUUCCCUCUUCCCUGGUUGGGAUCCAGGCUGUAACAACAAGGGCAAUGCAGGUCAUAACUUAAUGGAGUUGGCAAAUGUAGAGGGGAGGAGAAGUGUUAACUUUUUAAAGUGGUUACUGGUUUUGUGUUGUAAUAUGUUCAAAGAGGGAACAAUGUGAAGGGUUGUAUUUUUCAACGUCGUCUUGGUGGUAGAUGUUCUUGUCCACGGCUGGUUGGUGGGGUGGGAUCCUGCAUUCAGUGUAGUAAAUGCAGUAAAACUGUACAUUCUCAUGUCUUCUGCCACUUUAGUGGAUGUUGCAUUGAUGCUGACUUUCUGAAAGUACGAGGACAGAAAUAUGUGCCUUCUGGUUGUUUCCCCUCUCCCGUUUUAUGCUAUGGACAAAUAAUCUCCUGUGUUACCAUAAACACUGAAAAAUACAAUACUAAAUGUUGCCGUUAA